AUGUCUGCCCCCGCCGCCGCCGCCGUCAACCCCAUCCGCAACGUCGCUCGCUGGUCUGCCUUGGCUGCUGGUCUCGUCUACGGUUAUGUUCACCACAACACCUUGACCACCUUGGAGCACAACCGUGCCGAGCAGAAGAAGAUCGAGCACCGCGAUCACUUGAUUGCCCAGGCCAAGGUUGAGUGGACCAAGAUUAACACUCCCACUGGAGGUGUUGUUACUGACCCCGAGAGCCCUAACUUCGACUUGGAGAAGGUCUUGAUCCACCUCUCGGAGACCGCAUAA